UUGCUUGCUACUGUGUACUGACAUUGCCCCUCACUCACGCCACCGAGUGUGGGGCACCCCUGUCGCGCAUCGUCAUCCCAAAUUUUUGCCGGAUCUUGAUAGACAACCAAAUCUUGACAACCAACAACAUGGUGCUCCAGGCAAUCAAGUACACACGGGGCCGGCUCGAGAUCCUCGAUCAGCUGAAGCUGCCGCACGCCGAGGAAUAUGACCACAUCUACUCCAGCACCGAUGCGUGGCAUGCAAUCAAGGAGAUGCGGACUCGGGGAGCGCCCGCUAUUGCAAUCGUUGCUGCUCUCGCGCUGGCAGUCGAGCUCACCAACAUGAAGCUGUCGUCGGUGGCGGAGGAGGUGCAAGUCUUCAUUACAGAAAAGCUGGACUAUCUUGUCACCAGCCGACCUACUGCUGUGAACCUCGCGGAUGCGGCUGGGAAGCUGAGGAAAAUCACAAAAGAUGCUGCUGCACGGGAAGGAGCCAGUGGGGAGUCUGUGAGGGAUGCAUACGUCGAGGCUGCCGAGCAGAUGCUUGUCGACGACGUAAACGACAACGAGAACAUUGGCAAGCAUGGCGCGGAGUGGAUCGUGAAGAACACAGAAGCCGGCAAGAAGGGCCCCGUCAGCAUAUUGACGCACUGCAACACUGGAUCACUUGCAACCGCUGGGUACGGGACUGCUCUAGGCGUCAUCCGGUCGCUGCACUCGAGUGGCUCACUAAAGCAUGCCUUCUGUUCGGAGACGCGUCCAUACAACCAGGGAUCGAGGCUGACAGCUUUCGAGCUUGUACAUGACCAGAUCCCGGCGACCUUGGUCACUGACUCGAUGGCGGCGGCGCUUCUCCAGCUGAGAGGCGGGAGUGAGAACAUCGCUGGCAUUGUCGUUGGUGCUGACCGCGUCGCCGCGAACGGUGACACUGCGAACAAGAUCGGCACGUAUUCUCUGGCUAUUCUUGCAAAGCAUCACGGCGUCAAGUUCCUGGUCGCGGCACCAAGAACCACCAUCGACUUGAGGACCAAGUCUGGAGCGGACAUUGUCAUUGAGGAGCGACCAGGCAGGGAAGUGACGCUUGUCAAGGGGCCUCGCCACGACGGCGUCAACCUGGAUCUUGCUGUCGUGGAGACGGUGAGCAUUGCAGCCAACGGCAUCAACGUGUGGAACCCUGCGUUCGACGUCACGCCGGUUGACCUUAUUGACGGCAUCAUCACCGAGGUGGGAGUCUUUGAGAAGGAUAGCGAAGGUGUGUUCCACUUGGAGGAAGCCUUCCAGGCCGAAGGCUCUGAAGUCAAGCCCUCGACGAUUGGAGGCCUGUAGUUGGAGAUAAUAGAUACCCAGUAUAGAGAGAACGUGCUGCUCGACAUGACAGUUCCUCGAUCCUUCUGUGCACCUUGUGCCGUGUCCGAUUCUUGUACAUUGCAUUCGUUGGAAUCGUUGUUUGAUUUGCUUGACCGAGAACCUUGCAAGCUGCGUGGCGUGUCGUCUCAUCCAAGCGGCGAGCUCACGAGCUUUUGGGCUGACCUUGAGAUGAAAUCUUCUCGGCACCGGUCUGCAUGUCCUUCUCGGCGUUCUCGGCCUGCGCCAACAGCUCUUCGAUCUUCUUCU